CCCAGUAUCCGCUGUGAUAUAAGGAAAUCAUCACUGAGAAACCGGCUGUUAUUUUGCUAAUUAGAGGUAGCAUUAGCUUUCUGGUUGAGCUGUUUGUCUCACGAAGCGUUUUUCCGUUCCACCUUAAAUGGUGCCGCAGUUGCUGCACUUAAAGCCUUCAAAAUAGCCAGAAUGCAACUUUCCACAUUUAAGGUGGAACUGACAGUUGGAAAAAAAAACAUUUGGCGAACAAGAAUCCAGCUUUAGCCUUGUGACUGUAAUAUAGAGCUUUGCUCACGAAAAUAAAACAGUAAAGUAAGUAGGUUAAAAUAUUUAGGAGUAUUUUAAAACUUCCUCUCUGCUGGAAAAAAAGCCACAGAAGCCUUUGCACGUUUCUUUUGGUUGCUGGUGGUGUCCAGCAGUCAGUAAUGGUAUUUUACGUAUUUCCUGAUGGGACGAUAUCUACGGGGGCGUUUUACGGCCACUGUUGAUAAAAAUAAAAAGGAGAGUUCGAGAAUAAAGUCGUAAUAUUUGCAGGAUUGUGUGGGCUAACUGUAGGGGGCUUCCAUAACGCGCUGGGAUCUGUAUUGGCGCCGGAGUUGCACACUAUCCUGUGUCUCUGUAGAUCGAUCAUUCUGAUUAUCAUUCUCACUGUCUGUGAAACUUCAUGUCGUCUUUGAAUGGUGCGGAGAUGUAGCCCCCGAUAGGCGUGCAGACAGUUUCGUCCGAGUCCGUUUGGCUCUUUAUUCUAGAUAAACAUUUUCCUGCUCAGCCGUUUCAGCUGUGUCUUACACUAAUCACAGGCUGGUGCUGAUGUGCAGGAGUGACAGGGAGACGGAGUGUUUAUUUAUGGGUGAAAGUGUGAAAGUGUACCUCCACCAACUCAACACCUCAUUUAGCCUGAGGAGGUGCUGCCUUCUCUUCGCAAAGCCUUGGGUAACAAUAUUGCGACCUUUCCUGGUAUUAAUGCCACUUUAAUGUCGUUCAUUCUCGAAAUAUAAUACCGUUCGGCUUUAUUCUCGAAAGAUUAUGACUUUAUUCUCAAAAUAUGUUACGAUUUAAUUCUCAGAGUCUACUGUUUUCCUGUUUGCUAACAGUGGCCCUAAAACGCCAUCGUAGAUAUCACAGUGUAAAGGAUUCUAAUGGUCUAACAGGCGUUCUGAGACUGAGCCAAGAUGCAUUUGAUGGUUUCCAAAUGGAAUGUCCUACAGGAAACUAGUGCACGGCACAUUUUCUUAUUUGCACCGUUAAUUUGGAAUAAUGACAUCAUAUGUGGGUAUAAUGAAAAUAUUAAUAGCUGCCAACAUGUACUGUAGGUGUGUUAAGUGCUGUGUGUCUGCUUUCUCUCUUUCUGGAGCACAGGAACCAAACACGUGUUCUCCAGUAAAAGAAACCCUUUCCGAUGGGAACUAUAUAUUUCAGACCCAUAUUAGUUAUGUUAGAGCACUUAUAAAUGUGAGACACCUGGACAGGUAUGGAAGAGGCAGAGACAUCCUUAGAGACUUCUCUGUAAGCUGCAAGGUGUGUGGAAAACAGAGAGGAAGUCCAAAGAAGAAAGAGCUCUCAGAGAAGAAGCUGACGCGCUACUUUGUAGACCAUCGUAGGGUGAAGUUAGAGGCGGGUUCAGGUGGUGAUGGAGCCUGCAGCUUCCACAGUGAGCCACGGAAAGAGUGGGGUGGUCCGGAUGGGGGGAAUGGCGGGAACGGAGGUGACAUCAUCAUUAAAGUGGACCGGCAGGUGAAAUCACUCUCGCAUGUCUCAGCCUCGUAUCGUGGACAGAAUGGCGAGUCGGGGAGGAGUAAGAACUGCUACGGACGCAAUGCCAGCCCCACGUACUUAUCAGUGCCUGUGGGCACUGUGGUAAAGGAGCUGGGACGGAUACUGGCUGACCUGGCACUGCAUGGUCAGGAGUAUGUGGCUGUGCACGGUGGCGGAGGAGGAAAAGGAAACCGAUUUUUUCUGUCCAAUGAAAACAGAGCCCCAAUGAUGGCCACUCCAGGAGAGAAAGGAGAGGAGAGAGUUCUGCAGCUAGAGCUGAGGACCAUGGCACACGCUGGACUGGUUGGUUUUCCCAAUGCAGGGAAGUCAUCGUUGCUAAGGGCGAUCUCUAACGCCAAGCCUGCUGUGGCAGCGUAUCCUUUCACCACCCUGAAUCCGCACAUCGGCAUCAUUAAGUACAGGGACCAUGAGCAGCUAGCAGUGGCUGAUAUCCCUGGGUUGAUCCGAGGCGCUCACCUGAACCGCGGCCUUGGCAUCUCUUUCCUCCGCCACAUCGAACGCUGUCGUUUUCUCCUGUUCGUGUUGGACAUGUCCUCUCCAUCGCCGUGGGAACAGCUUCAGCACCUGCAGUACGAGCUGGACCAGUACGAACCAGGACUGUCCCAGAGACCCAGAGUUAUUGUGGCCAAUAAGAUGGACUUGACUGGAACCCAAGAGAACCUGGAGGCCCUCAGAGGUCAUGUGAGUCAACGGGUCAUUCCUGUAUCUGCCCUUACAGGCAACAACACGGAGGAACUGAUACUGCAUCUUCGAGAGCUGUACGACGGCCAUCUGGAGAGCAAUGCCGAGUCUGGAGAGAAGCUUUUGAGGUGGUAACUGCUUAAGGACAUAUGGAGAAUUGAGUGAUACUAUUAUGACAACACUUGCCUCAAACAGACUUGAUUAAAAAAAAAAAAAGUCUUCAGUCUCUCAAGUGUCAGUCAAUCAGAGAAGCUGCUUGCUUGUCCAAAAACAUCCUACUUGGAAUAAAA